AUGAGUGCAGACCCUCUCCUUCCCUGCACACACAAAACAGCAGCAGCAGCAGCAGCAGCAGCACCAGCAGCAGCAGCAGCAGCAGCAGCAGAUGAAGAAGCAAGUGCAGCAGAAGCAGCAGCACCAGCAGCAGCAACAGCAGCAGCAGCAGACGAUGAUAUGACAGCAGCAAGUCUUACUGGGGCUGAUUUUGCUGCUGCUGCUGCUGCUGAACCUGUGAAGGAAUCACCGCAUGCAGCAGCAGCAGCAGCAGCAGCACCAGCAGCAGCAAGCAGCAGCAGCGACAGCAGCAGCAGCUGGUUUUCUUCUUUCUUACAGCAGCUAGCGUAUGCAGCAGCAGCACAAUCUGCUGCAGUUUCCGGUAUCUCUAUCUAUCCCUCCUUGCUGUCUCCUCCUGCUGCUCCCGCAGCAGCAGAACCAGCAGCAGCAGCAGCAGCAGCAGCACCAGCAGCAGCAGCAGCAGCAGCAGCAGAGUGGGGAUGGAGAGAUGCUGUGUCUGCUUUCUUUAGUAAGCUCGACAAACGCCUAGAGGAGGGGGGCCCCUCUCUGUAUGCUGAAAUAUAUGAUUUUACCCUUUGA